UAUGAUACAGUGCCGGGGACUGGUUUCGGGGAUCGAGGGCCCUUUUUCGGAGCGGAGGGGAGGUAGCCCUUUUCGGCCGAGGGCUGCUGCCGGCGAGAGAGGAGAGACCGAUUUUUCAAGGGGGAAGGACCCGUUAAAGGAAGUGUUCCCGAUGUAUAGAGAAAAGAAGAAGAAGGAGGAGGAUGAUGGUGUUCUCGGAGUAUAACGGGACACGCUCCCGGCGUGAGAUUUCCAGAGAUUUUUGUACACGUAUAUAAUACGCGACGCUGAUGUGUGACGCAACGCCGAUCGACAGCCCAAAGAAGAAGAUGCGUUAUGACUCGCGGAUCGGCAGGCUGGUUUGAUGCGUGUGCACGUACAUGACUAUUAUAUCCUCGCACACGAUGGUGGAGAAUAUUGGAUGAUGCGGGAUUUUCCAAGAGUUAAAUCGCUCGUGGUGCCGAUUUUUUUCCCCGAGAAAUCUACACUUCUUUUUUUGUUUACCGAUCUUGGGUAGCACUUUGUAAUUUCGUCUGUAAUUUUUCAAGCUCACUCGAUACAGUUGUAUGUAGGACUGCGAUUUUUUUUUUAUACUCGGCAUCCCAGUAUCGGAUGAUCGGGUCCAAUGGGCACGACUAUGAUCGCGGGUUUUUCUACCGAUCGACUGAUGACCAAUUCGUUCCGAUUGCUACACGGGUAUAGUGGCUGUACGUAACGUAUAUACGUAAUGUGGAUGCUUGAGACUUCGAUCGGUGAACAUUACAAAACCGUAAGGUCGAGGAUGCACGAGGAAACCGGCAGCGGUAAAAAGGAGGGUGUUGGUAGCGCGGAUGGGUCCCCAUCAAGGCGCGCGAUGAAGGAGGUGUCGACCGACGAGGAGUUUGUCGGCCCGGAGUACGAGGAGGACGCGUACUACAGCAACGCGAGUUUGGCAGCGACGCCGAGCUUCGACGAUCUCGAGAUCAGCGACUCGGAGGAGAUUUUGGUGCAUUGGCACCAGGACACCGGGGAGAUCGAGGAGAUCGAGGAGGCGGACUUCAAGGGCGAGCACGAGGGACACGUCAGGAGUACCAGGGGAGAGCUGCGCAAGCUCAGGGCGAGGAUUGGGGAGAAGCUGAGGGGACUCGUUGCUCUGUACGUGUGUAAUGGUGUGUGUGUGUGUCGAAUUUCGCAGAUCGAAGACGAGAUCCAGACGCUGAGGGAGGUCCUGGCGAGCAAGGUGAGCACGGCCCACCUGCUCAAGCGCAAGCUCGGCAUUAGCGUUUGGAAGGAGCUCAGCGAGGACGUCGGCCAGGGCCUUAAAAACGUCAAGGAGAGCCACGUUUAUCAGAAUGUCGGGGAGAAAUUUGGUCAGUUCACCAGGACGGUCUCCGAGAACAGUUUGUUCCAAAAGACGGAGUCGGUGUUCAAGUCGACGGCCGAGAAGACAACGAGCAUCCUGGGCGGCUUCGGCAGCGGGCUCUCCAUGAAAAUCGGUCAGAUGAGAAAUUCCGACAGCUUCAGGUCCCUCGAGGAAAAAGUCGGCAGUGCUUACGAGAACGUCAAG